UUUUGCAUAACAACAUCCUAAAUAUUCUUGAUUUUUAUAUACACAAAUAAAUCUAAAUCUGUAUGUGAUUAUUCUUCUUCCGCGUCGCAAAGCAAAAGAUAUUCAACCCAAAGCAUUCUAUAAUUCAGGAGACCAAAAAAUAUGUGGAUAUUCCAGCGCCACUAGUUUUAGCCACAGCGCCAAAUUUGAUCGAAUCAAAGCUAGCCUACAGACACCAACAAACUUUCCACUAUUUCUUAUCUCUGUUGUGAGACGAUUUUUUUCUCUCUUUCUUAUAUCCCUAAAAACUUGGGAUUCUGUGCUCUUACACAGGAGCUAUUUGUGGGGGCAAUUCUGUAACCGGGUAAUAAUUAUAUUUAUAUGAGGAUUUGAAGCCUUUUCAUUUGCACGGGUAGAUUAGUUUACGAAGAAGUCGGAAACGAAAAUGGUGUGGGAAGGCCAACGACAGGAGGGUUCUGUUGAAUAUGAUUUCUUCUCCUUCGUCCCCAAGGCCAAGGAUUAUUACCAAAUAUUGGAAAUUGACUAUGAUGCUUCAGAGGAUGUAAUUCGAACCAGUUAUCUUCGUCUUGCUUUGAAAUGGCAUCCAGACAAGCAGCAAGGACACGAUAGUGCAACCGUAAAAUUUCAAGAAAUAAAUGAGGCCUAUAAAGUUUUAAGCGACCCUGUCAAAAGGCGUGAAUAUGAUGUGAAUGGAAUUUGUAAUGUCCAGGACUACAACUUAAUUGAAUAUCUUCAUCGAUUUAAGGGGUUGAUUUUGACAUGUAAUGGUCUUGGCAUGGCAAACGCCCCUGGAUGAUAUAUGCAUUAGUCUCACACUGGGAGCAUCUCCACAUCAUUAGCAUUUGUAUUUUGUACUCAGAUCUUCCCUUGCAAUCUCGUCAUCCCACACAAAACCAAUCGCAGAAUCAUGGCUUGUUCUCACAGCACAGGAUCAGAAAGUGCUCUGAUACCAUAAUGAAGACAUAAAUGAACAAGCAAUUUGAUUAUGAGGGGAGAAUGCAAUAUAUACAAAUGAAAGUCAGUUGAAGGAAAAACUGACGAGGAAUACUGAACCAAAUUAUCCUUUUUUUUGAUUGGUUAAGCACAAGGAUUUUUAGCCUGGCCCUUGCUCCAGGAGAGGCCACAAAUGGGAGACCUCAUCCCCGGGAUUAACUCAUAUUCACGUCGUCCUCUUCCUCCUCUAUCAUGACCUCCUCCUUCAUGUCCUCCUUCGUCUUCUCGUCUGCUUCCUUCUUUUCUUCCUUCUCUCUCUGCCCUCCAUGGGGUUUGAACCUUCGUGGCACCAUUAACAAUGCCACUUUUUCACUGUUUGCGGGGUCAACCCACCAAAUUAUCCUAUUUUAAUAAUAAUGUGUUAUUUUUAUUAUUAUUGUCAACACAUAUACAAUUAUGUAAUCAUCAACAUAUAUACAAUGAUGUAAUAAUACAUUGAUUUAUUCUAACAGUUA